UCCUGUGUCCUGGCUAGGACGACGUGAUGUCGCGAAGGACCACCGAAUUUUUUCCGGCGAUUUCUGUUUAACCGUUCGCACGUGCGAUUUGUUUUUGUGCUAUAUAGUGUGCGUUUUGUUUGGUUUUUCUUUCGAGGUUUUUCUGGUAUUUGUUACGGUUGCACACGUGGGUAGCGGUUCUAGGAUACUAGCAAAGUUGUUGGGUAGGCUAAAUGUAAAACCCCAAAAUGCGGCAACCCAGGAAAUCCUAAAAAUUGAAAAACCAGAGAAAUGCUGGACUUGGUGAAACGGGUCAGCGCGGUAGCAGCUCCCCCUUACGUGGGCAGCGUGAAUUUACGAAAAAAAGACAAACAUUCGAAACGAAUCAGCGUUUUAGUACGACCUCGUAGCUUGUUGUGUACGAGGAACAGCGAAGAUUUGUACGGGAUGGGCAUGCAGAGGCAGAGCAACACUUGGAAGUUCCAUCGGCCAAAAUCAAUCAAUUCUGUCAGUGAUGUAUCUCCGGCGCCCGCCGUAACUCAAGGCUCACCAGUCAGGUGUGCCUUAACAAGAAACAACAUGGAUAGCCCCAAGAAGCCAUCACCGCAAAACAGCCCGGCUACGGGCGAUAAGGCCACCGUGAAAGUUCAUCUACCGAACGGUGGCUUUAACGUUGUCCGAUAUGGCGAUACGGUUGAAAUCAAGGGCAUUAUCCAAACUGUAACCGAGAGAUUAUCAACAGGAGAGAGAUAUUACAAUGGACUGUACGCAAUGAGAUUAUCCAGGCCUCCAUCGACUGAAACGCAUUGGUUACAUCAGGACACCACGAUGCAACAGAUCCAUGAGAAAUAUCUCAAAAAACAUCCUAAUUCGGAAUGGAGAUACGAUCUUAGAAUUAGAUAUUUACCAACUAUUCUUAAAGAGCUCUUCGAUAGAGAUAAAGUUACUUUUCACUACUAUUACGAUCAGGUUAGAAGCGAUUACCACACAGAACUCCACAAGAAAAUCGACCAAGAAAUAGCCAUCCAACUGUGCUGCUUGGAAAUUAGGAAAUACUUCAAGGACAUGCCCCAAAAUGUCCUGGAUAAGAAAUCUAAUUUCGAGUACUUGGAGAGGGAGAUCGGCAUGCAGAAAUUCAUACCGAACAGCGUUUUAGAAAAAAUUAAAUCCAAAUCGUUGAGGAAAAGUAUACAGAUCCAAUUUAAAAAGUUCGCUCAUCUCUCGGAGUUCGAAAGCAUGUUCAAAUAUCUAGAAAUUCUGAAAUACCACACCAAUUUCGAUCAAGAACGAUUUAGGGUAGAUUUUGGAGGUAGUUUUACGGUGCCAGUUGAACUAGUCAUUGGUCCAGAUAUUGGAAUCUCUCACACCAACGUCCAGGCUUCUACGACGAAAAAAAUCGCGGAUUUCGAUCAGAUCCAAGCUAUCCAAACUCUAGUCAGCGAUUGCGAGGAGCACACCAAGGCCACGUUGCAGCUCAAAGUGGCCGGUACUCAGGAGGUACUGUUCUUCACUUGUUCCAAUUUGGACGUGGCCGAAAGCUUAGCUGACCUGAUAGACGGCUAUUGUAGAUUGCAUUCCAACAUGCCCGCUUCCAUAUGGAAUAAGAAAGAUUCCAAAGAGUCCAAUCCCGUGAAACCUCAUAGAUCUAGUAAAGACAGCUAUUCAAACCCCACCGGAACAAUGCUAUCCGAAGAUUAUGCGGAAAUCGUCGAAGAAGGAGAUUAUUCCAUACCCGCAGUGAAAAAUUAUGAAUUGAACCGGAACCAAAUCGAGCUGCAGGAAAUACUGGGCGAAGGCCAGUUCGGCGACGUGCACAAAGGCAUAGUAAAGACAAAGGAGAAUCUCCUUAUACCGGUAGCUGUUAAGACUUGUAAGGGAGACGCGGAUCUCGCCACCACCGAAAAGUUCCUAGAAGAAGCAUAUAUUAUGCAAAAAUUCGACCACCAACACAUUAUAAAACUGAUAGGAGUGUGUUCCGAAUCGCCCGUAUGGAUCGUGAUGGAACUAGCCAAGCUUGGCGAGCUACGAUCCUAUCUCCAAAAGAACAAAAACCGCCUGGAUCUCGCUACCCUUCUACUAUACGCAUUCCAAUUAUCGACCGCUUUAAGUUAUUUAGAAUCUAAGAAAUAUGUACAUAGAGAUAUAGCCGCUAGGAACGUGCUCGUCAGCACCGACAAGUGCGUCAAAUUGGCCGAUUUCGGCCUGUCGAGGUGGAUGGGCGACGACCAAAGUUACUACAAGGCCUCGAAGGGGAAGUUGCCCAUCAAAUGGAUGAGUCCGGAGAGUAUUAAUUUUAGACGAUUUACGACUGCUAGUGAUGUAUGGAUGUUCGGUGUGUGUAUCUGGGAAAUUUUAAUGUUAGGAGUCAAACCAUUCCAAGGCGUAAAAAACAAUGACGUAAUAGGAAAAAUAGAAAACGGUGAACGCUUAGCUCUGCCGCCCGAUUGUCCUCCGCGCCUCUAUUCGCUCAUGUCGCAAUGCUGGUCCUACGAACCGAGCAAACGACCGAGUUUCAAAGACAUCAAGGAAAUCCUGCAAGAAAUUUUGUAUGAAGAGAGAAGCGUCCAGCAGGACACGUUAAGGAGGGAAAAUAGGAAAAUGGCGGCCAUGUCUUGGGGACCCACCGACGAAUUCAUUCCACCUAAGCCUAGUCGGUAUCCCAUGCAAGGAGUGGACCCUUCAUCGUUCCAAUCAGACGGCCCGCCCAGCUUCAUCCCCCAGACCUACAUAGUGGCCCAAAAUCCCGAAGUGUUGGCCCACCUGAUGAAAGAAAACGAAUGCAGAGGCUUCAACCCGGCAGCUUACGUCACACCAGCUUCGGUAUUUAACACAGUAGCAGUAAACUUCGAAAAAAAAGAGGAUUCCAUCGAUCCCAUUCUAAUAACGAAACCCAUUCCCAUGCAAAACCUCCAAAAACUCGAUCCAGAGGUCCCCGAUACCCCGACGGGGCCGGAAAAACCGGAAAAGAAAACCGGUACUCUAGAACGAACGCCGUCUCGAUCGAGUACCGGCAGCGCGACGCCCAAAAUGGGUUCGCUAGAACGAAAGAGUAUGGAUAGUACUGGGUCACCGCGAUUCGGAAACUCUUUAGAACGCAACGCGACACCACACAGCACUUCAGGCGUGUUCAGUCCCAAAUUAGGCUCGUUGGAACGUAAAUCUUCGCGGAAUACCUCCCCGAAAAUGGGGUCGCUGGAACGGCAGGGUAAAUUCACGCCGUCCAAAAUGGGAUCUCUGGAUCGAAAGGCAGUUACGCAGCCGCAACAACCCCAGCAAACCCAACCCGGCGGUUAUGACGUAGAUAGCAUUCCCCAUUUCCAUCCCACUCCCGUCAUUUAUCAAUUUAGCGAUAAGGCGAAAGAGAUGCAACAUUUCGAGGAGAGUAUUUACGAUUUCGGCGGGGCGGAUGUAAAGAGUUGCGCCCACAAACAGCAAUUUUUCGUGCAAAAGGCCGCCGCGCAGCAGCCUGUAUCCUCUCUAUAUGGUGAUCAACUGUUAUUCGAAAACAACAGAUACGACAAUUCGACCAACUUUAACGUCGUACUCCGGCAGAAACUCAAACAACAACAAAUGGAAUCCGAGGAAGAUUCUAAGUGGCUGGCGGAGUCCGAGACACACCUGAAACGCCUGAGCCUCACCCAAGAGCCCGACACCACGGAGAGCACUCUAACCUCACCGCCCACCAGUCCGAGUUACAUCAGUCCCGCCCCUUAUCAACCCGCCUCGAAUACCGCCUCGUCUCACGGCAGCAAAGGUAACGGGAUGCACAGCAGUACGGGAUCGGUGAGCAGUAGCAAGAGCCACUCUCCGCUCGGAUCUCUGAACAACACCUUGAGGAGCAACCAGAGCGACGACAGAAAGGACGACUCUUGUCAAAGUGGAUCUGUGAUAGACGAAUCCGAGAAGAAGGAACCAUCUCCGAAUCCGACAGCAAACUUGGAUCGUACACACGACAGAGUCUACGAAUGUACGACGGACGUAGUCAGAGCGGUCAUGUCGCUGUCCCAAGGCGUCCAACAGGCGGUAGCCGACCAGUAUCUCGAUCUAGUCAAAAAAGUAGGCGUAGAAUUGAGGUCGCUGCUGGCCAGCGUCGACGAGAUCGUUUCGUCUUUUCCGACUCAAGCUCAACGAGAGGUGGAAAUGGCCCACAAGGUGCUGUCGAAAGAUAUGGCCGAAUUAGUGAACGCUAUGAAAUUGGCGCAACAGUAUAGUAAUACAACUUUGGAUGCUGAGUAUAGAAAGGGAAUGCUGGGAGCUGCUCACGUUUUGGCGAUGGACUCGAAAAACCUCCUGGACGUCGUAGACUCGAUUCGAAUCCGUCAUCCGCACAUCAACAAACAAAUUUUCAAAUCCAACGAUUCGCUCCCAGAGUCAGAUCGUCCGAUCGAGGAAGAACCAAAAUCCGCUACAGACAACUCCCUACCUUACCCAACUACCCUUUCUCCCACGCCAGUUUCCUGCACCUUCGUCCAGAUGCCGCUCUACACCAACAACAUCCAAUCGGCGUCGUCGUCUAGCUUAAACGCCAAAGUUUUGGAUAGUUAGUUUGAAUGAAUUUCGAGGUUAUGUUGGCUGUCAUUCCAGCAUUGGUACGUGUAAAACUAUUUCGAGUGUGUGCGAGUGUUUGAUAUGAAAAAUAAAACGUGUGAUUAUUUUAUUUAUUAGUUCUUCCUAAUCGAAGCUUAUCUAGGGCUGAAUAGUUAGAAGGUUGUUUUUUUUUAAAGAAAGAUGGAAAUAUAUUAAUGUACAUUCAUUUUUUGCUUAAUAAUUACACUGCCCUUGGUUGUAAUCAUAUAAUCUAAUUAAUAAUACGUACAAAUUCAUCUAUUGACAUCUUGUACAUAUUAGUUAAUUAUAUUUGAAAGUGGAUUCGUGUAGUAGAUUAAUUGACAGUAAUCGUUUAGAUAAUUCUGCAAAACUGUCAUUAAACUCAAGAAUGCUUCACAGGCGUGGUUAGGAAAUUAAAUUCGGUAAGGAAUUGCAUAUCAGUAUUAAUGACAAAUUUUGGAAAGUUGAAUAUUCCGUUUAUUGUUCUUAAUGUGUAUUCAAUAAAAUUGGAGGAAUGAAAAAUAGGCAACUAGGAAAAAUUACGGUACAUGAAUCCAUUUUUGUUGACAGAUGACAAGAACGUGACAAUUUUACCAUUUUUUUUUUGUUAUACUACAUUGCAUUGUGCAGUUUAGCUUUAUUUUAGCAUUAUUUUUUUAAUCGCAAGUAGGUAGAAAAUGGGAGAAUAAAAUGAGUAAGUUAUUAGCCCCAACUUCAAAUCCUCAAUGAUAUUUAGUGGUGAGGAUCAUGUAAUAAUAAAAACAAAUUAUAACCAAUUUUGGAGGUGCAACAUUCUUCCUUUUAACCAAACAUUAGUUUACAACAAUUUUCCUAAUGUUUCUAGGAGUAUUUAAAAUUAUACAAGCAAAGACCUGCACAUUUUUGUAUUCGAUUUCCCAUCUACGUGUAUUUUAUAUAAUUAGAUCACGUCUUGUCAUUUUUCAUUUAAAAUUUUAUUCUUGUGAGAGUCUGAAUUAACAAACAAAUGCUCCUAAUUAAUAAAACAACUAUAAAGUGUAAUUUGUCACUUGUUAUUAUAAACCAGACUCUCAUGAAUAUCUAUAUAUUUACUUGUAACCAUUGAAAAAACACAUAUUAAGAGUAACUACAAUAAUCGUGCUGUAAUCAUACUACGUGGAUUUUCGUUCCAAAGUUGAGUCCAUUUCAGAAAUUUUAUUUACCAAAAAAACAAAGUAGCUAAAGAAAUUAUAUGAAAUACAAAAUAUAUACAUGUUAUUUAUUGUGAAGAAAUUAUGCCGUCUUUUUAGAUACGUUUCGUGUAUUAUCAUUUAUUUUUUUAAUUUUUUGAAAUAUACAUACCGCAUUUAUGAAUACUAAUAAGAUAUUUUACAAAUUAUAGUACGUUAUAAGAUAAUAUAUGCAUCAGUGAAAAUAUAGCUAAAGUUGAGUUACCAUUAUUAAGUCAUUUCUACCACUUCGGUUGAGUUAGUUUGCAAUUAGUGGUGGUAGAAUUGACAUUUUCACUGUUAAUCUUGCAAUAGAUAAGUAAAAUGCUCAUUUGAACUACUUUUAUUUAUUUAUAAAGUUUAAUAGUAAACAAUUUUCAAGACUGCCCAUAAUAGGAUAUUAUUAUUUAAAUUUUAUGAUUCUACUAAUUCUAAUAAUGUGUUUUAUAAGCCUUUUUGAGCGUCUUUCGACUUUUAAUACUGCUACUGUUGUCACUUGUCAUCGUAUCUAAAUCGUACUUGUCGAAUUAGGUUACCAAGCAACCACAUUUGGCACCAUACCUACAGUUUGUUUCAAAAAGGCUUCUAUAAUCCCUUUUUUAACUUUUAUCGAUCUUGCAAAUUUUUAACCUUUAUAAAUUUCCUUUUUAAAGAUACUUCUCCAUUUUAAAUUUAUAUAAUUAUAAUAUAUUUAAGGUGUAACGCAUAUUUGUACUCGAUGGAUUCGAUGAAAUGUUAACGAAAGAAAAAGGCAUUGUGAAUAUAAUAG